AUGACCAUCCACGUCGAGGGUCUGGUGGCCAUUGUGGUUUUUUAUCUAGUGAUUCUCUUUGUGGGCAUUUGGGCGGCAUGGAAAAACAAGAACUCCGGCGCGGGUAAUGGCGGGGACCGAAGCGAAAGCAUCAUGGUCGGUGGCCGGGACAUUGGCUUGUUUGUGGGUGUAUUUACGAUGACGGCUACUUGGGUGGGUGGGGGCUACAUCAAUGGGACAGCUGAGUAUGUCUACUUGCCUGACUAUGGAUUGGCUUGGGCGCAGGCACCCUUUGGCUACGCUCUCAGCCUGGUACUAGGUGGCCUUUUCUUUGCCAAACCCAUGCGUUCCCGUGGCUAUGUCACCAUGCUGGAUCCUUUCCAACAGCUCUACGGAAAGAGGAUGGGGGGUCUUCUUUUCAUCCCUGCUGUCAUGGGUGAAAUCUUCUGGUCUGCAGCCAUUUUAUCUGCUUUGGGAGCUACCCUGAGCGUGAUUGUAGACAUAAAUAUCAACAUGUCUGUGGUGAUCUCAGCCCUGAUUGCCAUCUUCUACACUCUUGUGGGAGGACUCUACUCUGUUGCCUACACCGAUGUGGUUCAACUCUUCUGCAUCUUUGUGGGUUUGUGGAUCAGUGUGCCUUUUGCAUUAUCCAACCCUGCCGUGUCAAACAUCAGCCUGACAGCCAAGGAGGCAAUCCACCAGGCACCCUGGCUAGGGAAGAUUGAGCCUGCAGACAAAUGGCUCUGGGCAGAUAAUUUCUGUUUGCUGAUGUUGGGGGGAAUUCCCUGGCAGGUCUAUUUUCAACGGGUUCUUUCUGCCUCUUCAGCUACCUACGCCCAGGUCCUUUCUUUCCUCGCUGCUUUCGGCUGUUUGGUCAUGGCCGUACCCUCUAUCCUCAUAGGAGCUAUAGGGGCAUCCACUGACUGGAACCAGACUUCUUAUGGGGCCCUCCCUCCAAAAGAUAAAGACGAGUCGGACAUGAUCCUUCCCAUUGUGCUUCAGCACCUCUGCCCGUCUUACGUUUCCUUCUUUGGCCUGGGGGCAGUGUCGGCUGCCGUCAUGUCAUCCGCAGAUUCCUCCAUUCUCUCGGCCAGCUCCAUGUUUGCCAGGAACAUCUAUCAGCUCGCCUUUCGACAGUCGGCCUCGGAUCGGGAGAUUGUCUGGGUGAUGCGUCUCACUAUCUUCGUUUUCGGAGCCCUCGCCACCGCCAUGGCUCUGUUAACAGGAACAGUGUACGGCCUGUGGUACCUGAGCUCGGAUCUGGUCUAUGUCAUCGUCUUUCCCCAACUUCUUAGUGUCCUUUUUGUCAAAGGAACUAAUACCUACGGCUCAGUGGCUGCAUAUGUCUUUGGUCUUUUGCUACGAAUUGGCGGAGGCGAACCCUAUUUAAAACUUCCUCCUUUCAUCUAUUAUCCUGGAUGGGUGAUCCAGGAAAAGAUCCACCACCUCACUGGUGAUGUAGAGUAUUUUGUCCAGCAGAGAUUCCCAUUCAAGACAGUGUCCAUGGUGGCAUCCUUUUUGGCCAAUGUGGUAUUUUCCUACCUGACAAAGUAUGUAUUCGAAAGUGGCACGCUGUCACACAAGUACGAUUUCUUCGAUGCUGUCGUCUCCAAGCACAGCAGGGAGAUCAUGGACAAGGCCACACUGGUGAGCCAUGAUAAUAUCAUCCUUUCAGAGAUGGCGCCCGUCAAACAAGCACUGGGUGCAUCCCUCGCAGCGACCUUCACCAACAGAGAGGCCCUAAGUAACGAUGAAGUGUCGAGUCCUGAGGAGUUUCAAGAUGAAAAUUAG